GAGAGAGAGAGAGAGAGAGAGGGGGGAGGCACACGGUCAGUGACUGAGAGUCAGUGUCUCUGCUUGGAUUACAGAGGAGGACCUUCAUCUGGACUCCCCUCCACCUCCACCUCCGACUCCGCACUCUUUCACCUCCUUCUCCCUCGUUCUCUCACCGUUCGCCCCAGGACUUCUCUGUUGUCCCCGCGUCUCACCUCUUGUUCUCUCCUUUCACCCCUGCCCUCUCCCCGGCUCCCCCUUCAGGAUGUCCUGUGAGGAGGCUCAGCUCCACAAGGAGAGGCUGCAGGCGCUGGCGGAGAAGAGAAAACGACAAGCAGAGAUCGAAGGCAAACGGAGUCAACUGGACGAUCUGGUGCUACAGCUACAACACCUGAAGUCCAGAGCGAUGCGUGAUCGAUGGCUCCUCCAGGGGACGGGAGAGGAGGAGGAGGAGGUGAAGAGGAAACAGCUGCAGCAGGAUGAAGAACAGGGGAAGAAGCUGGAAGAUCUGAUCCACAGUCUGGAGUCUGACAUUGGUGAACUUGAAAGUGAAGAGUCUCAGAUCUCCGCCAAAGAGCAGGUUCUACGAGAACGUCUUAAAGAGACGGAGCGCUCCAUAGAAGAUCUGCAGAAGGUACAAGAACCGCAGCGUGUGAGUUCUGUUUCCACUUCCUCACCUUUCCCUCUAAUAAAUCCUCCCCCUCUCGUCUCUAAACCCCCUCCUCUCCUAACAGCACUGUUUGCCAUGGAGAUCAACGUGCAGCACGACCCCCACACUGGUGAGCAGCGCAUCCUGUCAGCCAACCCCGUGAGUCCACUGGAGGCAGCGUCGCGAGGCGUCAAAGUCUACGACGACGGCAGGAAGGUGGUCUACGAGGUCAAGUCCUCCGGAGUUCUCCCAGUCGCGAUGGUGGAGAACGGCUGGAGCUCCUCGCAGGUGGACGACCUGGUCCAACGAGCCGCCAGACCAGGUUCACGUAGAGGAGGGGGAGGAGGAGGAGGAGGAGGAGGAGCAGAGGAACAGAAGUCUCACGCUGCCGUGACUCCAGCUGCAGUCUACGUUUCUCCGGUAGACGUUGACGAUCUAUCGCCACCUUCCUGCGCUCCACCAUCCAUCCCAUCCAGUCCUCCAGCUCAGGUCACCCUCCAGAGGGAAGCCCAGUUGGGAAUGAUGCCCCCUGGUGGUCCUGUGACGAGCCAGCCCACCUCCUCAGUCCAACCAGACAGUAAGUCCUCCAGCCUUCCUCAGGCCAGUGCUGAGCAACCAAUCACCAUGGUCUUCCUUGGCUACCAGGACGUUGAGGACACGAGCGAGAGCAGGCGGCUGCUGGGGUUUGACGGGGCCGUCAAGGCCGAGGUAGUUCUCAUCGAUGAAGACGAUGAGAAGUCUCUGAGGGAGAAGACGGUCACCGACAUGUCCAUCGUCGACGGCACGGCAGCCGACCUGGUGUCGGGACGGCCGGGGACUUCCGAAGCCGCCAGCACCGAACUGUCGUCCGAUGCUGCUUCUUCGCCACCUGCAAACGCUGAUGCAAACACGGCGCCCCCAGCAGGCCUCACCCCCGCCACAGGAUUGGUCCAGACACCUGAGGUUGUCGUGACAACAACAAACGGCCUCCAGGAGCCGACGGUGAGCAGACGUCCUCACACUGUCAUGAGAGCGUGGCGAGCAGCCGAGGAUGUCAGUGACGCCGCGCCCAGAGACAGGCCUGCGACCAUGGAGGUGGAGAGCCAGCAGAUCCAACAUGGCUGCCACGGCGGCCCCGCCAAAGGGGAGACGUCUGAGACCGAGGACGUCCAGGAGAUCCGCUACCUGGACCAGGUGCUGGACGCGGCCUCGGACACGCCCAUAAAUGGAAGCGCCUGUCCGUCAGAACACACCGUCGAUCACCAGAACCACGCCGCUGCAGGUCAGAGACAACCCGCGGCUCCCCUCCCCCAGGAUGACCCCGAGGUCAGGACCAACGGACACGUCCACGCACCAGAGACCGACGGCGGCGGCGGCGGCGGCGGCGGCGGCAGAGCCCAGUUUGAGCUGAGAGCCUUUCAGGAGGAGCGGCGUCCGGCAAAACUGUUCUCCCCUGGAGAGGAGCAGCAGGUCAGGGUGACCAGGAGACGACCGUCAGAGGAGGUCCAGGAGUUGGAGCGUGAACGUCAGGAACUGAUCAAAGACCAGGCCGUGAAGAAGAACCCUGGUAUCGCCCAGCGCUGGUGGAACCCUCCUCAGGAGGUUCCGUUGGAGGAGCAGCUGGACGUGGAGCAGCUGGAGUCACUGAAGAGAUACCAGGAGAGGAAGCAGCAGAAGCAGAGCUACACGUACUCACAGCCCCAGGUGACGGGUCAUCCCACGGUGGUGACCUUUGACCCACUGCUGACCAGGAAGGAGGACAUCGAGGAGAAGCAGAUCGACUUCUCCGCCGCCAGGAGGCAGUUUCUCCAAGGAGAAGUCGCCAAGAAGGACGUCGCUCCUGAGAUCUACUCGGCCAAACCCUUCUCCAAGUCCGCCACCAGGGCGGGGCAGGGCGACGGCGACGGCGACGCGGUGGCGCUCGGUGGGGAGAGUAACGCGACCUGCGCCGACGAAGGAAUCGGAGGAGACUUCACGUGUGCGCGAGCCGUGAUGACGAUCCUGCGAGAAGACGACGAAGGGAAGAAUCACUUCAGCCCGCGGUUCCACCCGGAGGAGUCGGACUCCGGCCUGGACGAGCUGUCGCUGCGCUCCCAGGACACCACGCUGUUCAGUCUGGACAACGUCUCCGACAGUGGAGCCUCCCUGCCACUCACCCCCGUGUCUCCUCCCACGCCGCAGCCCACCACGCCGGUCAACGGACGGACCAGCGGCAGCCCCAUGGAGGAGGAGCUGGAGUUCCAGGCCGGGGUCCUGGUCCAGAAGGCCAUCCAGAGCGCCCUGGCUGCUCAGAACGGGACAGAGUGGCAGCCGUCCGAUCUGGACUCUUCUCAGAUCAGCACCCCGGUGUCCCCGUCCUCGGCCUCCACCAGUAGUCCACUGCCUGUCUGUCUGUCCCCUGAGUCUCCUGCUGGAGCUCCCGGUCCGUCUGACCCGGCUCCUCCACCUGACCGCAGCUCAGGUGUUUCAGAGUCAGAGUCGGAGUCCAGUCCACCACAGCUGAAGACAGCUUCUCCACCAACGUCUCAGCCGGUCUCACCUCCACAGAGACCCCGACACGGCGGCCCCAGGAUCAAGAUCCAGUCGUCUUACGCCCGAGCGCUCGCCGCUUCCACGCCAGCUCCGGCCCCUGCUCCAGCUCCGGCCGCAGAAGCUCCGGUCCAGAGGCCGCCCCCGGUGUACCGUCCUCCUUCUCCUCCAAGUCCAGACAAACCAGAGUUCAGCUACUUCAGUAAAUACUCCGAGGCGGCGGAGCUGCGCAGCACGGCGGCCGCACCUCGAGCCCCGGAGCCGGAGGCGGCCAGCGGUCCGUUCCGCCUCCGCUCGAGGAAGCAGAGGACUCUGUCGAUGAUCGAGGAGGAGAUCCGAGCGGCUCAGCAGAGGGAGGAGGAGCUGAAGAAACAGAGGGAGACCCAGCCUGUGGUCGCGGCCCGACACAGCAGCAGCAGCAGCAGCAGCAGCAGCAGCAGCAGCAGUAACCACGGACCAGUGAGGACGGGGGUGAGGAAGACCACCAUGACUCCAGCAGAGAUGAAGAUGAAGAGCAACAGUCUGCCAACGAGACUCACCCUGACGGCAAAGACAGCACCAGGAAAGAUCGAGAAGGUUCGACCUGCACCACCCGUCUCGCCCUCCACCUCUGAGGGAACCCUGUCUGACGCCGGCAGCGAGGACUCCGGCGGGUCGCGACCCAAAAACUUCAUGCAGACUCUGAUGGAGGACUACGAGAGUCACAAGGUGAAGAGGAAGGAGAAGUUGGAGGACAACAGCUACACACACUUGUUGCUGGCCAGUGAGGUCACCACUGAGGUUCUGGAGGCAACACGGAUGACCAGGAGGAAAAGUAACAUGGCUCUGAAGUGGGAAGCUGGAAUCUACGCCAACGAGGAUGGAGAAGGAGAAGGAGAAGGAGAAGAAGGAGGAGAGGAGGAGGAAGAGGAGGAAGAGGAGGAGGAAGAGUAAAGAACUUAUGACAAGAUGGAAGGAGGAGGAAGAGACUGAAGGAAAAGGACCAGUGAGGGAGGGAGGAACCAGUAUUUAUUACUAAUAGUAUUCUGAUCACAUGACCAGGGGAGGUUUUUGGAACGUGAGGAUUGAAGAACAUUUUUAUACGGACUUUAAAAAUCUGGAGAGAAGAAGGAAAAAAACAAAGCUGUAUCUGAGGAGGAGGUCGUUCUCACGGUUUUGGUGGAUCGUCGUUCUAGAACGUCGUGUUAGAACGUCGUUCUAGAA